UUUUCAGUCUAAAAUCGGUAAAAUUAAUGCAGCGCUGCCUGGUCGUCUUCAAAGAUACUCACCAACUCCUUCCGACAAACAGAGAACCACAACAUACCCUUUGGUCACCCACCACCAGCAGGAGCAAUCACCGGCCAACAUCCGGCGACCGAAUACCGGAGAGAUCAACGCAGCUGGAAGCUGGUCCCUCUGGGCUCGAUACCCAUAGAAAAAGUUAAGUUUAUUGUUUUUGUAGCAGCUAGGAAGCCCCGAAAUGGACAACCUGGUAGAUUCUCUGAACAGUGCAUAUCAGGAGUUUGUUGCUGCAGCAGCUAGUGUGCUCGAAGCCAAGGAGAUUUCUGGUGCCCAGAAAAUAGCUGCCACAGAUGCUGCUCUAGAAAAUUUUAAGCAGAGAUGGGAGUUGUUCAGAGUGGCUUGUGACCAAGCGGAGGAGUUUGUGGAGUCUGUGAAGCAAAGGAUAGGAUCAGAGUGCCUCGUAGAUGAAGCAACUGGCUCACUGGCUGGGAAGUCAGGUCAGGCUGUCACUACUGGUCUUCCACCCAUUAGUGCUGUCCGGUUGGAACAGAUGAGUAAGGCUGUCAGAUGGCUUGUGAUUGAACUACAGCAUGGUUCUGGAACUGCUGCUGGUUCAGCCCAUUCCCACCCUUCUGCUCCUUUUGAUGCUAGGUUCUCUGAAGAUGCAGCUCAAUAGGUAUCUCUUCUUCCAGCUAUCAUCAUGAAGACCCUCCUCUUAUCCAAAAAAAUGCUGAAAGAAGGUUUAUUGGUGCCUUGUUCUUGUUUUAUGCUAUCUGAGUGCGGAAGAUCUAAAAUAUCAAAGCAAAGCAUUGUGAUACUCUUUUGUGGUGUUCUGUAAUGCUAAGACUGAGGAUUCAAGAAUCAAGGAUGCAGGCUUUAUCUUUACAGUUUCAGACUAGGCUUAGAUGCUGGAAAAAAAAUUAUAGCACUCGUGUUGUAAUUUUUUCAGUGGUUCAUUUUCUCUCUCCUUAUAAAAAAACUUUAAACUUGAUCUUGACUAUUGAAAAAACUACAGCACCUAUGCUACUUCAGCCAAAUUCGCCAUUGCUUACGUUUUUAUGGGAGAGCUGCAAAGGGUGGGCAAGACUUGCAGUCUUGUGGAAAGGGCUAGUUCACAUAUAGUUGUAAUUUUAUGAGAUUUUUAUUGAGGAUGUAAUGAAUGAUAUGUACUUUCAUGACAUUUUUGAUAUAUACAUUACCUAUCAUUCCACAUUCCA